AUGAUAAAAGCCGCUAUAAAUCGAGUCAGGAACCGGUUUCUGAGACCUGCCAGCAAGCCUAGCGCCGAGAAAUUCAAUGUGGUCACUGAGGGCAAAGGGCACAUCUUGUUCCCUGAGAAAGAAACUGUUUUCUACAACCCAAUCCAGCAGUUCAACAGAGACCUAAGUGUUACUUGCAUCAAAGCAUGGGACAACUUGUAUGGCCAGCCAAAACAGGAACAAAUUAGAGCACGGAAACACAGCAAGAAACGUGGACCAGAGGGCAGGUUGCAGGAGUCUGCCAAGAAACGGAAAUUGAGCGAUGGGAGUGGAGAAAUUGUAGAUCAGCAGCAGCAGCAGCAACAAAGACCUUACAUUCGCAUUUUGGAGGCACUUUCAGCUACGGGACUCCGUGCGAUCAGAUACGCACAUGAAAUUCCGCACGUAAAGGAAAUUGUGGCCAACGACUUGUUGCCUGCAGCAGUAGAGGCAAUUCAAAGGAACGUAGACCACAAUGAAGUCGGGGACAUUGUGAAACCCAACAUUGAUGACGCUAAUGUGCUAAUGUACCGCAACAAGGCUCAGCGGAAACGGUACCACAUCAUUGACCUGGAUCCAUACGGUACCGUGACGCCAUUUGUGGAUGCUGCUCUGCAGAACAUCGAGGACGAUGGGUUGAUGCUGGUUACAUGUACCGAUCUUUCAGUUUUGGCCGGCAGUGGAUAUCCUGAAAAGUGUUUUGCCCUAUAUGGCGGUGUCAACAUGGCUGGUCACGAUGCAACCCACGAAAGCGCUCUGCGAUUGGUUUUGAAUUUAUUGGGUCAGAGUGCUGCCAAAUACCGUAAGAGUAUAGAGCCUGUGCUUUCUUUAAGCAUCGAUUUUUACGUGCGAGUUUUCGUGAAAGUGAAAACGAAUCCGCUCGAGGUCAAGAAUCUACAGAGCAACACGAUGAUCACCUACAUGUGCAGUGGGUGUGGUGCAUACCACAAUCAGCGUUUGGGCCGUCAAAGCGAACGUAGUACCAAAAAGGGCAACACGUUUGUGAAAUAUUCGCUUGCGCAGGGUCCACCUGUGGAUCAAAAAUGUCCGUAUUGCGGCGGAGCGCACCAUCUGACAGGACCAAUGUAUGCGGGUCCGCUGCACAACAAACAAUUUAUUGAAGAAGUGUUGCGGAUCAAUCGUGAGGAACACACGGACGAUGUUUACAAGACGCGUAAACGGAUUGAGGGGAUGUUGACUUUGGCGCAGAAUGAGCUAGAGACACCAUUUUACUUCACUCCGAAUCGGGUAUCGUCGAUUUUGAAAUUUCAAGUACCCAGUUUGAAGACUGUAGUUGCUGGUCUUGGAUCGCUUGGCUUCCGCACCUCGUUGACCCACGCUCAGCCGUCGUCGUUGAAGACCGAUGCUCCCUGGGAUGCUAUUUGGUACACGAUGAAGCGGUAUUGUGAGGACAACCAGUUAAGCAAGUUGGACAAGAUGAAUCCGAAUUCGUUCGGGUACAAGAUCCUGGCCAACGACGCCAUCGGACGUGACGCUAAGGGCAACGACAAGCACGGUGACAAACUCGAUUUUUCACCAAACGAACAAAGUGCCCAAAUCGAAGCACUUCGUAAACUCAAGAUCGUGCGGUUCCAGGAAAACCCAGAGCGUAAUUGGGGUCCCAAGUCCCGUCCUACAUGA